AUGCACCAAAAAACCAACCUCCAAAAAGAAGCCCUAUCUAGUCUCACAAAACACACACAGCACACGCAAGACGUCAAAAACCCGCGCCGAGCCCAGAGCAGACCCGCUCCCUUUUAUACCCGGGCGACGACGUGGGGGGGGCUGCGGCUUCCGUACAUAUGA